AGUUACUCCAGCGGAAGGUGUAAUCAAGUGGCAACGGCACGUUCGUAUCUUUUAUUCCGCGCUACUCACGAGCAAUCUGUGUUUCAUCCAAAUCCGAAAAAUGGCCCUAAAUCUAGGUGAUCCGUUUCCCAACUUCACGGCAGACACCACAAUCGGUUCGAUAGAUUUUCAUCAGUGGAUGGGCGAUAGCUGGGCGAUCCUGUUUUCGCACCCGGCCGACUACACGCCGGUCUGCACGACAGAAUUGGCGGCAGUUUCGAAGCUGAUCCCGGAGUUCGCCAAACGGAACAUAAAACCGAUCGCGCUUUCCUGCGACUCGGUCGCUUCGCAUCGAGGAUGGAUCGAGGACAUUAAGGCGUACAGUGGACAACAGCAGGAGUCAUCCGGCGUAGCAGAUGGUGAUACAGAAUUCCCCUUCCCCAUAAUUGACGAUGCAAAACGCGAACUAGCCGUCAAGCUGAACAUGCUCGAUCGGGACGAGAUUGGUGCGGCCGGACUACCGCUGACCUGUCGUGCUGUGUUCGUGAUUGAUCCGAGCAAGAAGCUGCGUCUGCUCAUCCUUUAUCCGGCUACAACGGGACGGAACUUUUGCGAAAUCCUGCGCACCAUCGAUUCCAUGCAAUUGACCGACAAUCGCAAGGUGGCGACACCGGCGGACUGGCGUCAGGGCGAAGCAUGCAUGGUGCUACCAACCGUCAAGGAUGAGCAGCUGGCCGAGCUAUUCCCUGCAGGUGUUACCACCGUUUCACUCCCAUCCGGCAAAGGAUACUUACGGCGUACCGAGUGUCCCCAGUGAGCCCCUAUCGGACGAAGAAGGUAAUCGUUACUUAACACAUCCACACACAUACAAUUCCUUAUCAGUUGAUUGUGAUAAGCACCCCUGAACUGGAAAAGUGAAACAAUGUUUUUUGAGGAUAAAAAAUGGAAUAACAAAACCA